AGUCUUUCAAGGAAUUAAAAAACCUCAAGUUCUUGUCAAUGGUUAAAACCGAUCUUAGAGAUCUUAUUCCAACUAGAAUUGCAUUAGAAAAAAAUAGUAAACUUGAAGAGCUUUAUAUCGGUGAGAACUCUUUUACCCAUCAAUUUAGCUGUCUCAAGAGAAAUAACUGUACACUAACAAGGACACUAUUCUACAGAGAAUAUAUGAUAUCUCACUUGGUCUCUUUAAAAAUAUUGGAUAAUCAAGAAAUUACAGAAUCUGAAAGAUUGCAAGCAACUGAAUUGGUAAGAUUGAAAUUUAUAACUUGUGAUUCAUGGAGAGAAAAGUAUCAAGUUAAUCAAAUUCAUAAAGAUAUUUUAAAUUUAGAAAUUAAUAAUACUAUGAAAUGUAGAACCAAUAUCAACAAAACAACACCAAAGACAAUAUUCAAAAACUAUACCGAAUAUCAAGAUAUAUUAAAUGAAAACCCAAGAGUAAAUACUUUAGAAAAGAUAGUUUAUCCAAGACAACUGGAAUAUAAUCCAUCCAUUCCAAACCUUAUUGUAGUUGGUGCUAUGAAUGGCCGUGUCCACGUUUACGAUGAAAACAAAGAUGAAAUUAUUUAUGACAAUAUUGUAAGCAAUCCAUCUAUGAUUUUAGGUCUUUCUUGGAUAAAGAAUUAUCCUUGCUUUCUUGCUGGCUCUGAAAAUGGUUCAAUUAAUCUAUUCAACUUAUCAAAAACAAAAAAUCCAAAAAAUCAAAUUUUAUCAUUUGAUCCAUUUUAUAAAUUAUCAAGUUUACAUACAAAUUGCCAAUCCGAUACAAUGGUAGUAAGUGGCUCAUGUGACUUUGUUUCGAUCUAUGAUAUAAAUUCAUGUACAUUAUUAAGAAAAUUAGAAAAAGCUCAUACCAAAAAAAUAAAUGUUGUUAAAUAUGCAAGUUAUGAUCCAUAUGGGUUUGUUACAUCAUCUUUUGAUGGAACAGUAAAAAGAUGGGAUACAAGAUGUUUAAAUUCAGGACCAACUUUAACUUCAAAAGAAUCAUUUGGUGAAAUUAUUAUGUCAGUUUUUAGUCCAGAUGACCGUAGUAUUUUAGUAUCAGGAUGUGAUAAUCAAGUUUAUCAGCUUGAUUCGAGAACAGGUACAUUAAAUAUAAAAUUUGAAAUACAUAGAUCCAAUCAAGAGUUCAAUUUUUCACGUUCAUAUUAUACAGCAGAUGGCAAUUAUUGUGUUAUUGGUUCAUGCGAUGAAAACUGUGUUAGAUUCUAUAGCACAAGUGAUGGCAAAUUUUUGCGUGACGUAUCAUUAUUCGACCAAAAUAAGUUUUGUGGUGAUUCAGAUGGUGUUCUAUCACUACGUACCCACCCCUCAAAUAAUUUCGAUGUCACCAUCAUCAAAACAAAGUUACCAAAUCUUUAUUCUGUCAAAUUCUAAUUAAUAAAUUUUUUAUAGUAAUAAUCUAUUAAAAUAAUCAAUUUCUUAUAACUCUCUCAGUUUUGGUUAUUUUUUUUUUUACUGG